CAAUGUUUUCAAAGUUUUAUAUGUAUGAUGCACAUUGACCAUGUUGAACUACAGUUGGAAUUUCCUCGUGUCUGUAUGACUCUGCUUAUUACAACUCCAGCCAUGUAUGCCUGUUCUACACUAUAUGGUGAAUGAUGCACAGUAAUGAAUCAUUAAGUCCAUGGUGAAAGUCAAUCAUGUCCUCUCCUGGAAUUCAUGGAAGUCGCAGAAAUGCCAAGCGGAAAACAAUAGAUAGUUCUGACCAGGCUACUGACCCCUCCUUCAAAAACAUUCGCCGGUGUCCUCACAGUGGCUGCCCGACCAAGGUCCCCAUUUGUUUUGCAGGUGCUACAGAAAGGUGUGCAGGAAGUGGCUACACUUCACGUUGGUAUCACACGAGUGCUGCAGAACAUUACUGUAAUGAGUGCUUUGAGCAUUACUACAGAUGCCACAAGGAUGGCUAUGAAGUGUACCUGUCCUGGAAGAAGCUAUGGAGCACACAUGGGACGACAGAUGCCAGCAUACGUAUGUUCAUGACCAAUAGUGUCCUGCCGUUCUGGGUUCAAUGCAGGGAAUGUCACAAGUGGCGGCAGUGGUCCAAAAGCACCACACCUAUCCCAGAAUUCCUCAAAAACUAUGUGUGCGGGACCAUGGCAUCUGGAAAAAAAUCAAAGCUGGAAAAUCCCUGUGAAGUUCCAGAGGAUCAGAGAGUGGCCUUGACAAGAGAUCCCUCCUGGACCCACCUGAUAAGUAGUCUGUCCUACAUGAAGAAUUCCCCCGCCUGGCCCUACCUCACCUCUUAUUUCCCCGACAAAUUGGGCAUGUGUCCCUCUGACCAUGAAGUCUUCAAGGAGAGAAAAACUCCAGUAAUGCACAAGUACCUGCAGCCUUUUGUCGAGGCGGACAGCUCGGAGAUUGCCAACGGUGUGGCCCCUGAUGUCAUGGAGGAACAGGAAAUGGACGAAUUCCCAGAAUACGCCUCCAUACCCUCCAUGUAUCUAGCAAUCAGAAACAUUUGUUUAACUUUGUGGAAUUUAAAUUUUAAGGAAUGGUUAACGAAGGAGAGGUGUGCGACCCAGAUCAUUUGUCGUGGUCUAGGAAGGGUGCUGUACAUAGAAAGCCUGGACAAGGUCCUGUGGUUCCUGACGAGGCGGGGCCUGAUCAACGUGGGUCUGCUGUCUGUGCCCAGGUCUUCGCAGUCCUCAUACAUAUCCAACAAAUUCAUCAAACCCAAUCCGUCUGUGAUAGUGGUAGGGGCAGGCACAGCUGGCCUGGCAGCAGCCAAGACACUCCAGGGGUUAGGGCUCAAGGUGACUGUACUGGAGGCCAAGUCACAAAUAGGUGGCCGAGUCUGUGACGAUGAUUCACUGGGUGUGUGUGUCCCUAUGGGGGCUCAGAUACUGAACGGAGCUCUCAACAACCCCAUAGCCAUCAUCUGUGAACAGGCAGGUAUUCUGGUGAAUUCAUUGUCCGACAGCUGCGAAGUAAUCAAUGUAAAUGGAGAGUUAAUGGACAAACAGACAGACGAAAGAAUGGACUUCCAUUUCAAUGCUAUACUUGACAUAAUCGCUGAUUGGAGGAAAGGCAAGGAACUAACACAAGACACCAGUUUACUUGCUAAAUUGAAAGAAAUGCACCAGCAGUUUCUUGACGAGUCCCAGCUCUCCUUUACCACUGAUGAACAAAAGAAGAUGCUAGCUCUGUUUAUUGAAGAGGAAUCCCUGAUGAACUUUCACAUCAGUAACCUGGAGUUUGCCUGUGGGGACACUCUAAGGAAUGUGUCUGCCCUUCACUGGGACCAGAAUGAGGACUACCCACAAUUCAGUGGGGAGAACCUCGUGUUACCAGGGGGGAUCUCCCAAGUGUUGUCUAAGCUGGCAGAGGGACUGGAUAUUGAUCUUGAUACAAAGGUUACAAAGGUGGAUUAUGGGGAAGAAACUGUCAAAGUUGUAUCAGAGAAUGGAAAGGAAUGGACAGCAGACAAGGUGUUGGUGACACUACCCCUGGCUGUUCUACAAGAUAAAGAUGUGGAGUUCUCUCCUUGCUUGCCUGAAUGGAAGUCCAAGGCCAUGAAAUCAUUAGGGGUGGGCAAAAUAGAAAAGAUUAUUUUAAGAUUUCCCCGACCAUUUUGGAGGAAGAAGAUCAAAGACUGUAAAGUGUUUGGUCAUAUUCCAGAGAAGCAGGACAAUGUCGGUUACUUCAAUGUCUUCUAUGAUUUCUCCACUGACAAGGUAGAUAAGAUGUACCUGUUGGUAACACACCUGACGGGGAGUGCCUUAAAACUCCGGGAUCGCCUGGAUAGAGACGUAGUGGCCGCCUGUAUGGAAGUCCUCAAAGCACUGUUCCCAGAGGAGACUGUUCCUAAGCCCUUAGAUUACUUUGUCACUAAAUGGACCAAAGACCCCUACAGUAAGAUGUGCUAUAGUUAUGUGCCUAUUGGAGUGGAUGGUGACGCCUAUGAUAUAAUGUCGCAAGAUGUUGCAUCCAAAGUAUACUUUGCUGGAGAAGCCACCAACAGACAGUUUCCUCAGUCUGUGACGGGGGCAUAUGUCAGCGGUGUGAGAGAGGCCCACAAGAUAUUCUCUACCCUCGUGGAGGAUGAUACGUGAGGGUUCUCUACAGAAAGUUAGGAUAUUCUGUUACAACUUAACACAUAAUGUCAAAAAUGAUCAGGCCCCAGGGCCAGAAAACUUAAAUACUCACUUCUGGUCUCAGCCUUACUUUUCUACUAUACAUGUCUAUUGUAAAAGUGAAACUUUAAUCAAAAGUGAGCUUGUCAGAAUUUCAUGGCCCCUGAGCCAGGACACCAAAAGAAUGGCAAGUCUGUGUAUUAACUUACUUCAAAUAUUCUCAUCAGGACUAUGACAUUGGUGCAGUUCGGAUUUCUCCUGUUUUGCAGAAGACAUGGAACAAUAUGUGAAAUCAAAUUGUAGCAAUGUUAAUGUUAUUGUUGAACAAAUUGAAUCUGUAGCACUUUGUUUUUGUUUAAACUGUACCAGAAGGUAUUGUUUUGUUCAUCUGUGUUCAUUCAUGACAGAUUUCAUCACUUCCCCUUUAUCUUUGAAUGUGCAUUUACAUGUCUAUUGUCUUCUUUGUUCUGUUGUCUCCUUUGUUUUAUGUAGAUUGGACAGAUGUAUUCAAUGCACUUUAUUAGGUCACUUGAGUAAACUCAGGUGACCUAUUGCUAUCCGUUUCCGUUCGUUGUUGUGGGAUGUGCGUCGUCCAUCAUGCAUUAACAAUUUUACAUUUUUACC